AUGUACUUCGCUCAGCCUUCUAAGCACAUCAAUCAAGAGAGGGCUAUUGGCGUCAAUCCUUUCCAUCAUGCUCUCAACUUGGCCAUGCUGCAUCUUCCCAUCUGGCUCGGUCGAAGCGCAGUCGGUCAAGGCUUUGCUCAGCCUCUCAAUGGCCUGCCGCACAGCCUCUGCCUUCAUCCCUAUGGAACAAGCGCCCAGGACGCCCAUAUCAUCGGGUUCUGGCUCGACUGUCUUGUGAAGGAUGCCUAUUGCAGUGUGAGCUGUGGGUGGAUGGCCGUGCAGAGGCACAUUCGAGAUGAUGGAAAGUCGAUACGUACGGGCUGA